AAUGGGCUCCCAUAUUAAGUGCAUUACGGUAGGGGCGCUACUGCGUCUAUUACGGUAGCUGAGGGCUGUAGCGUAAGCUAGGAAUGGCGGCAGCCAGUGGGUCAGUAGUGUGUAUGUACUCGGCCAUGCUGCGUGGGUUCUGGGAACACUAAAACUCAGAGGGAAACACUCUAUUGUGCUGGGGAUUGCUGGCCACUGAGGGGAGCUGUGGCUGCAUUUAAAGGGUGCUGAUUUUGGUGGAUAACUUUGGUGUGGAGCCCACAUGAGAUUCUUAUGGUUGUCAUGGUUGCUGUAUAUGGCAGUGUGAGGUUGGUGGAUGGUGGCAGUCGCUGUGCUGGGAGAGUGGAGGUUCUUCAUAGAGGGCAGUGGGGAACAGUGUGUGGUGAUGACUGGGAUAUGAGUGAUGCUGCAGUGGUGUGUAGAGAGCUGGGCUGUGGAGAAGCUGUAAAUGCGCUGGGCAAAUCUCAUUUUGGAUCAGGAUCAGGACCAAUCUGGAUGGAUGAUGUGGACUGUAGUGGAUCAGAGUCUAGACUGAAGAACUGUAGAUCACCAGUAUGGGGUAAACAUGACUGCAAUGAAACCCACAAUUCUGGAGUCAUCUGUUCAGGAGCCAGGCUGGUUUUAGGUUCUCGCUGCUCUGGGAGAGUGGAGGUUCUUCAUGGAGAGAGCUGGGCCACAGUGUGUGAUGCUGACUUUAACCAGCAGGAUGCAGAGGUUGUGUGUCGAGAGCUGGGCUGUGGUUCUCCUGUGGAGAUUCUGGGAGCAGCUGCUUUUGGUAGAGGGGAGGGUCUGGUGUGGUCAGAGGAGCUUCAGUGUAGAGGAAACGAAUCUCAGAUUCACUUCUGUCCAAAAUCAUCUUCACUCAAACACAACUGCUCCCAUGAUAAUGAUGUGGGACUGGUGUGUUCUGGCAGUGUGAGGUUGGUAGAUGGUGACAGUCGCUGUGCUGGGAGAGUGGAGGUUCUUUAUAGAGGACAGUGGGGAUCAGUGUGUGGUAAUAACUGGGAUAUGAGAGAUGCUGCAGUGGUGUGUAGAGAGCUGGGCUGUGGAGAAGCUGUAGAUACAUAUCAUGAGUCUUACUUUGGAUCAGGAUCAGGACCAAUCUGGAUGGAUAAUGUGCACUGCAGUGGCUCUGAGUCUACACUGAGGAACUGUGAAUCAGCAGGAUGGGGUAAACAUAACUGUGAUCAUUCUAAAGAUGCUGGAGUCAUCUGUUCAGGAGUCCGGGUGGUUGGUGGUUCUCACUGUUCUGGGAGAGUGGAGGUUCUUCAUGGAGAGAGCUGGGUCACAGUGUGUGAUGCUGACUUUAACCAGCAGGAUGCAGAGGUUGUGUGUCGAGAGCUGGGCUGUGGUUCUCUUGUGGAGGUUCUGGGAGCAGCUGCUUUUGGUAGAGGGGAGGGUCAGGUGUGGUCAGAGAAGCUUCAGUGUAGAGGAACUGAAUCUCAGAUUCACUUCUGUCCAAAAUCAUCUUCACUCAAACACAACUGCUCCCAUGAUAAUGAUGUGGGACUGGUGUGUGCAGACAGUGUGAGGUUGGUGGAUGGUGGCAGUCGCUGUGCUGGGAGAGUGGAGGUUCUUCAUAGAGGACAGUGGGGAACAGUGUGUGAUGAUUACUGGGAUAUGAGAGAUGCUGCAGUGGUGUGUAGAGAGCUGGGCUGUGGGGAAGCCAUAGAUGCACCACGGAGAGCUCGAUUUGGAUCAGGAUCAGGACCGAUCUGGGUGGAAUAUGCUAACUGUGCUGGAUCAGAGUCUUCACUGAAGAACUGUAGGUCUUAUGAUUGGGGUAGACAGAGAUGUAAUCAUGAUGAAGACGCUGGUGCUGUUUGUGCAGAAGUCAGACUGGUGGGCAGAUCUCACUGUUCUGGGAGAGUGGAGGUUCUUCAUGGAGAGAGCUGGGUCACAGUGUGUGAUGCUGACUUUAACCAGCAGGAUGCAGAGGUUGUGUGUCGAGAGCUGGGCUGUGGUUCUCCUGUGGAGGUUCUGGGAGCAGCUGCUUUUGGUAGAGGGAAGGGUCAGGUGUGGCCAGAGGAGCUUCAGUGUAGAGGAAACGAAUCUCAGAUUCACUUCUGUCCAAAAUCAUCUUCACUCAAACACAACUGCUCCCAUGAUAAUUAUGUGGGACUGGUGUGUGCUGACAGUGUGAGGUUGGUGGAUGGUGGCCAUCGCUGUGCUGGGAGAGUGGAGGUUUUUUAUAACAGAACAUGGAGAUCAGUGUGUGGUAAAAACUGGGAUAUAAGAGAUGCUGCAGUGGUGUGUAGAGAGCUGGGCUGUGGGGAGGCUGUAUUUAAAAAUGUUCAGUUUGGGCCAAGAUCAGCCUGGAUGGAUGAUGUGAACUGUAGUGGAUCAGAGUCUUCAGUGAAGCACUGUAGAUCGGCUGGAUGGGUGGAACAAAUUUGUAAUCGACUUGCUGGAGUCAUCUGUUCAGGGGUCAGAUUGGUGGGCAGAUCUCGCUGCUCUGGGAGAGUGGAGGUUCUUCAUGGAGAGAGCUGGGUCACAGUGUGUGAUGCUGACUUUGACCAGCAGGGUGCAGAGGUUGUGUGUCGAGAGCUGGGCUGUGGUUCUCCUGUGGAGGUUCUGGGAGCAGCUGCUUUUGGUAGAGGGGAGGGUCAGGUGUGGUCAGAGGAGCUUCAGUGUAGAGGAACUGAAUCUCAGAUUCACUUCUGUCCAAAAUCAUCUUCACUCAAACACAACUGCUCCCAUGAUAAUGAUGUGGGACUGGUGUGUUCUGAAAGUGUGAGGUUGGUGGAUGGUGGGAGUCGCUGUGCUGGGAGAGUGGAGGUUCUUCAUAAAGGACAGUGGGGAACAGUGUGUGAUGAUAACUGGGAUAUGAUGGAUGAUGCAGUGGUGUGUAGAGAGCUGGGCUGUGGAGAGGCUGUAGAUGCACUUAGUGGUGCUUACUUUGGAUCAGGAUCAGGACCAAUCUGGAUGGAUAAUGUGGAGUGUAGAGAAUCAGAAUCCAUACUAAAGAACUGUAAAUCAGCAGGAUGGGGUAAACAUAACUGUAAUCAUCCUAAAGAUGCUGGAGUCAUCUGUUCAAGAGUCAGGCUGGUUGGAGGUUCUCACUGCUCUGGGAGAGUGGAGGUUCUUCAUGGAGAGAGCUGGGUCACAGUGUGUGAUUCUGACUUUGACCAGCAGGAUGCAGAGGUUGUGUGUCGAGAGCUGGGCUGUGGUUCUCCUGUGGAGGUUCUGGGAGCAGCUGCUUUUGGUAGAGGGGAGGGUCCGGUGUGGUCAGAGGAGCUUCAGUGUAGAGGAAACGAAUCUCAGAUUCACUUCUGUCCAAAAUCAUCUUCACUCAAACACAACUGCUCCCAUGAUAAUGAUGUGGGACUGGCAUGUUCUGGUCACACUCAGGCUCGGCUGAUGAACGGCUCAGAUUCCUGUUCUGGUCGAGUGGAGCUCCAGUACCUCAGUGAGUGGGGUACAGUGUGUGAUGUAAGCUGGGAUAUGAGAGCUGCCAGCGUCCUCUGUGCUCAGCUGAAGUGUGGGAGUUCUGUGGCUGUGUUGGGGUCAGACUGGUUUGGGGAGGGGAGUGGCCGGAUCUGGGCUGAUGUGUUUGAUUGUCAGGGAAACGAAACACACCUGUUAAAAUGUCCCAUUUCAUCAUGGAGUCGAACUGCAUGCUCUCAUAAACAGGAUGCUGGAGUUAUCUGUAGUGGUUCUUCUCUGGCGUCUCAUGAGGGAGGAGUGCGGUUGUCUGGAGGGAUGUAGUGUGAGGGGGAGGUGGAGGUGUUCUUCAGGCAGGACUGGAGGAGAGUUCUGCAGGACUCCUGGAGUGAGUCUGAGGCCUCUGUGGUCUGCAGACAGCUGGGCUGUGGUUCUGUACUCAACAUCUCCAGCUCCUCUUCAUCCAGUCCUGAA